UUGAAUAGUCUAGGGGAAAUAGCUUAUAAAGGAAUUAAAGAGGAUAGGCUGAUUUUCGAAUCAAGUGAAGUCAAGAAACAUGAAGAAAGUGGUCUGCUUCAUCGGUUGCCCAACCAACAGGUUGAUGUUAUCCGACACAAAGAACAGUACUGCUUCCUUCACUUAACGAUUCAAGAGCUUCUGGCUGCAAGAUACAUCAUAAAGGGAAAAAGUUUGAAGGAACUAAAAAGCUGGAUUUCUAAGCAUCUGCGUGAAGGCAAGUGGGAAGUAGUAAUGCAGUUUGUUGCUGGGUUGGUUAAGAGUGAAGAACAUAUAAACUCUAUAGUAGGGAUUUUUAUUGCAAGUUUACCUCCGCAAACGUCUGGUGAAGAAAGCUGGCCACAUUUCUUCGAAAAGGAGCUAGUGAUCAGACUUUUCAAGUGCAUAUUUGAGAUUUCACGAAACUCAAAUAGUCUAUGGAAAAGUUUGGUUGCAGACAGUUGUAGUGGUGUAGUCAACGUAAACCUGAGUAGAGUGUCAUUAACUGAUGCAGAUAUCACAGCGAUAGUGUUCGUUUUACAAGAGAUAAAGAGUAUUGUAAGUGUAGAUGUAAGUAUCAACCACAUUACAUCUAUUGGGUGUCAGGAUAUGUAUAAGCUACUCAUGUCAGGGUCUUCUGAUGCAAAUGAGUGCAAUCUAACCACGUUGGACAUCACUGCCAACCAAAUAGGUGAUGAUGGAUUAAAACACUUGUCUAAUGCACUCACUACAAAUGAGUGCAAACUAACCACGUUGAACAUCAGGUUCAACCAAAUAGGUGAUGAUGGAUUAAAGCGCUUGUCUGAUGCACUCGCUACAAAUGAAUGUAAAUUAACCACGUUGAACAUCAGUUACAACGAAAUAGGUGAUGAUGGAUUAAAACACUUGUCUAAUGCACUCACUACAAAUGAGUGCAAACUUACCACGUUGAACAUCUGUGACAACGAAAUAGGUGAUGAUGGAUUAAAACACUUGCGUAAAGCACUCGCUACAAAUGAGUGCAAACUAACCACGUUGGUCAACAGUUACAACGAUGUAGAUGGUGGUGGAUUAAAGUAUUUGCCUGAUGCACUCGCUACAAAUGAGUGCAAACUAACCACGUUGGUCAUCCGUGACAACCAAAUAGGUGAUGAUGGAUUAAAGCACUUGUCUGAUGCGCUCACUACAAAUGAGUGCAAACUAUCCACUUUGUACAUCACUGGCAACCAAAUAAGUGAUGAGGGAUUUAAGCACUUGUCUGAAGCACUGGCUACAAAUGAGUGCAAACUAACCACGUUGGUCAUCCAUAGCAGCCAAAUAAGUUAUAAUGGAUUAAAACACUUGCGUGAAGCACUCGCUACAAAUGAGUGCAAACUAACCACGUUGGAAAUCAGCUGCAACCAAAUAAGUGAUGAUGGAUUAAAACACUUGUUUGGUGCACUCGCUACAAAUGAGUGCAAACUAACCACGUUGGAAAUCAGCUGCAACCAAAUAGGUGAUGAUGGAUUAAAACACUUGUCUAAUGCACUCACUACAAAUGAGUGCAAACUAACCACGUUGGAAAUCAGCUGCAACCAAAUAGGUGAUGAUGGAUUAAAACACUUGUCUAAUGCACUCGCUACAAAUGAGUGCAAACUAACCACGUUGAACAUCAGUCACAACCAAAUAGGUGAUGAUGGAUUAAAGCACUUGUUUAAUGUACUCGCUACAAAUGAGUGCAAACUAACCACGUUGGACAUCAGUUGCAAACAAAUAGGUGAUGAUGGAUUAAAACACUUGUGUAAAGCACUCGCUACAAAUGAGUGCAAACUAACCACGUUGGACAUCAGUUGCAAACAAAUAGGUGAUGAUGGAUUAAAACAC